AUGUCAACAACUCUCAACCCUUCACAAGAUAAGGAGAAUGUACCAACUCAAGAAUUAAAUACCAUUCUAAACGAAAUUCUGGAAAAGCAGAGGGAAAUAUUGGAUAAGAUAUAUUCUUUAGAAUCAAAUCAACAGAUAUUAUUCGAUACAUUAGGUUCACUAAAUAAUGGACAAGUGUUGAUAACAGGGAAUCAGAAACAAAUUACGGACAAAUUGGAAACAGUGGAACAAAAAUCUAUAGAUAGAGCGGAAAUGCUAGCACAGAGUUCCCUGAUUAGGGAAUGUAAGGUGCAUUUAAAAAAAAUUGAGCGAUCGGUGUGCCUCAUGACCGGAGAGGAAAAAGACGAGGCUCUCGACCAGGUAGCAAGUCUUUUACCCAUUCAAAACUUUGAGGGAUGUUUGGAAGUGGCAGAAAUGUUAGAGAAACCUGA